UUUACACCCCACCUAAGUUUAGUUUUUGGCGCGUACCACGUGGAUUUCAUGCCCUGCUUUUAUCAUUGUACUAACUAACAAACACUUUUCGCUUUAUAUAUCACCCUAAGCACUUACAUAAUAAUUCUUCCCUCAGCGACAACAAAAACCUUCUCAGUUAAGAAAGAAAAACUCUAUCUCUUUCUCUCUCUCUGUUACAAAUGGCUGAGGAAUCUCAAGGGAUUAAGCUGUUUGGCGCAAUGAUUAGACUCAACACUGAGGAGGUCAAGAAGGGAGAAAAAGGAAGGGAAUACAAGAGGGAGGAGAAGAGAACAGAGAAGAUAAUACCGUGUCCUAGAUGCAAGAGCAUGGAAACUAAAUUCUGCUACUUCAAUAACUACAACGUUAAUCAGCCAAGGCAUUUUUGUAAGAGCUGCCAGAGGUAUUGGACUGCUGGUGGCGCCCUCCGAAACGUCGCUGUCGGAGCCGGCCGUCGGAAGGGCAAGCCGCCGUCUCAUGCUGCCGCUGAGUUCCCCGAUGGGGCUGUCUAUGAAAGUUCCGAAGAUGAGAACAAGUUUGAGAUGGGAAAUAGGUUGCUUUCGGAAGAGGUUCACGCUGAUUUCCGCCCAAUUUUCCCGGCGCCCAAGCGGCGGAGGACUCCAUCAGGUGAGCAUGAAGGUGAAUAAAAUGAUCUACGAAUUGAAAGCAGAGAACAUGGUGGACUUAAGUAGGAACAAGAAGAAGAAUUCAAAAACUAGAGAGAAAAGCGUGUGGUGAAGAUGUGAACACCUCAAAAAUAUUCGGUGACAUUAAAUCAAUGGAUGAUGCUAAGCUACGUGACACAUUCACAUUAGUUUUUUCCUCUAUGCUAAACUCCAUUGUCCAUAUAUACCAAGCUUUUAUCUUUUAAGCCAUCAAUGUACUUCACAUAAUUGGCUAAGUGGGUUUCACACUAUCUUUGACACCAAAUUCAUGUUUAUAUUCACAUAAUAUUCUUCAAAUAUUGCUCACUGGACAAAGAGAUAGGAUUCAAAAAGUUUACAUCAAGAAAAGUAUUAUACAUAUUUUAGUGCAAUUUGUCGUUUCAGCUUUUUAAUUUAUUCAUCCUUUUCUCUUGAGUCUAGUUUUUCUAGAGGCCGGCCGAUAAACCUUACCAAAU